CCCGGACCGACAACUGCCCACCAGGCAGAGACCGGGGAGUGGAGGGUCCGCUGUAACUGGACCCCCUGGCCUCUGCAGCCCUCAGACUGCUGGGACUGUGGUUCCCACACGGGUCAGUGAGGGACUAACGCCUGGCGGUGGGCCAGAUCACUCCUCCUGGAGAGGACCUCGGGGAGUACUGCACAUGAUCCGGGAAUAAACACAAGAGGAGGAGGAUACGGGCCGGAUGACAGAGUCCCGCCGCAUCACAUCCCCGGUCCGACGCGGAGCUCGGAACAUCGGAGCACGCUGUGGUUCUACGAUAACCUCCCUGAGGAAGUGGUGGAGAUGCAAGCCAGCUUCAAGGUGCACACCUGGGCCACUAAGCUGAUCCAGGAAGCAGCUGAUGAAGGUCGGUUAGAGGACGGCUGCAACGACCACCAAGAGUUGGACUGCGGGUUUGUGCAAGAGGACCAGAUGCUGCAUUACCGACGGUCACCGGCGCCCCAAAGCCAGGUUCAGCACCAAGCGCAGACCCACUGGGCCCCUAAGGUGCCCCCUCCUCUGCCCCUCGCUGACCCUUCUGCCAGUGCACUCCGCAGCCUCCUCACCAACCUCCAGCAGCACAUCGUCAAACAACAGCAAGUGUAUGAAGGCCGCAUAGUCAGCUUAGAGGAGAGAAACAAGGAGCUGCAGGAUGAGGUGGUUUGUUUGAAAAGCAACUUGAGCCGGCAGCGUGACUGGUACCAGGUCCUUCAGGCAAAGAUCACAGAGUCCGAAAGGGAGCGGGCCGCUGCGGAGCGCUGCAACUCGGCGCUGCAGAAAGACAUGGAGCGGUUCUUCGACACGUUCGGAGAGCUCAACAACGAGGCGAAGAAGACAGAGAACAUCAUCGGGAGCUUUUGAGAAAAUAAAAAA